AUUUCAAUUUCAAAGUUUCAAACGGUUCUUUUAUCUUUCUGUGAGUUCUAUGGCGUCUGUCAAAUAAUAAAACUUUGAAAAUUUAUUAUUUUUAACAAACAUGUCCAUUUUUAAUGAAAGACUGACUAAACUUACCGAAAUAUCUACAUUAUACACUCGUAAUAUUAAUCAAGAUCUAAAGAUUAUUCUGGAAACUCUAGAUAAGUUUGCAGAGGAAUAUCAAAAUGGUCGUGGACGGGCGCGGGAAAAGGGAGCAAAAGACAAAAACCUUUUGACGACUCUUCAAAGCAUAAAUGAAGACGAAGAUGUAACAACCACUGCUCCGGAGCCUGUGCAAACUUCUCGUCGGUCCAGUGUUAAAUCCAAUGAUAACUGUAGCUCUAAUAAUAGCAAUGAAGAGAAAACACAGAGGUUAUCCAACAAGCGCAGUAAAAAUGAAGUGGACGGGCUUUCUAGCCCUGAACAGGACAAGAGACACAAGCGCAAUGCUUCUGUUAAAGCACAAAGUAUUAUUACUAAACAGGUGAAUGUAAACUUAACACAAAAGAUGCGUCGCGAGGAUGCGUCAGAUAAAUCUCAGUCGCGAAGCAGACGGCGUAAGGAUGACAACAAAGAAAAUUCAGAACCUGUACCAAAUAUACAGAUAAAGCAAGAGAAGAUAUCACUACCACCAGAACCAAUGGAUACAGCAUCAUUGCCAAUUGACACUGAAAUCAAACGGGAAGUUAAUGAAGAUGAAAUUACAAUGCCUCCACCUACUGCACCCGUGCCUAAGCCUCGUAAAGCAGCAAAAGAUAGAGCAACCCAAGAUGAUAAUGAGGAAGAAACUACCAGUAGAAGAAGGACCACUAGGACCAGGAAACAGACGGACACAAUGCCACCACCUGCGGCUGCGCCCCGGUCGACCCGGGCCAGCUCGCGCGCCGCCCGGCCCGGACCGGAGCCCGAGGUGACUCCGCCAGCGCCGCACUCUCCACCGGACCUCAAGCCUCAGAUACCCGAAGUUAGGCCCAAGCGCACCAGAACUCGAAAGAAGGUAUCUGAGGUUGAUACAGAUUCUGAAAAGCAAGCAACGCAAACUGCCCAAGCAGACGGGACAGCAUCACCAGCUGAUAAAAGACCCAAGAGGACCAGAAGAGGACAAAAGGCUAACAAAGAAGAGGCCCCAAAACCAGACCCAGUGGUAUCACCAAAAGAAGACCUAUCUCAACCCGAAAACGCUCCAUCGCCGAUUCUACCACAAAAGAAAACAAACCAUAACAAAGAAGCAAUAAAGAUCAAAGUCGACAGUGACACAGAGAAAGAUAUUACCAAUAAAACAAAUCAACUUCAAAUCAAUGGCAUAAAGUCGAAAAUAGUACUACAGAGUUCUGAGGAAGAUGUAGAAUGUGAAGUUAUGGAUGAAACACAUGUAUUGUCUAAAAGUAAUGAUGCAGUUGUACCGAAUGAUAUGGAUAAAACAAUUGUGUUACCAAAUGGAAUAUACGAACAUGCUCCAGUCACUCCUAAGAAAAUUAAUGUAAAUAUGAAUACUACAGUAGUAUUGGAGAAGUAUGACCGCGAAACAAUGGUCAUAGAGAAACAAACAGCAAUUAUGGAUGCUACUGUUGUUAUAGACAAAGAUCCACAAGUCCCAAAUAUUACUGAAGAUAAUUCAAUACUAACAGAUGAUAACAGUGAUGUACAAGAAGCACUAACUCCUCUUAAAGAAGACAUACCUAAAGCGCAGCCCACGUCCGCGGUAAAGGAGAAGGUGCAGCAAUUCGAAGAGUUGGCGACAAGAGUGACAAGAACCAAAACGAGAGCCAUGGCUAAAAAGGAAGAAGGUGAUGAUAACCAGACACCGCCGGACAAAAUAUUGAAGCAUGUACUCUCAGCAGAGACACUCAGCAAGAUGAACAACUUAAUAUUCAAUGGAAAAACAACACAGGUAUCAAGUUCAGCGACCAAACCUCGCACGAACAUUAUAACAUCAGUCAAGUCAUUCAUUCCCUCGUCUACCUCCAAAGUGAGCGCGAUAAACAAAGCCAAAGAGAAAGAGGCCGCAGAGGAAAGUAUGAAGAAAGAAAAAGAAGAUGCUAGAAAGAAAAAAGAGGCAAUGCUGGAAGCCAAAAGAGAACAGCAAAAGAAAAAGAGGGAGGAGAAAAUGGCGGCUGCUGCAGCUGUAAGAUCAGCUGCUGAACGAGAACGUCGAGCGGCACUGGAGGCGGCCGACAGAGAACGCAGGGAGAAGCAAGCGCACGCCGACCUCGGACGGCAGGAGCGGCUACGGGAGGCAGAGCGGAAGAAGCAAGAACUAGCACGCAAAGUAGCAGAGACAGAAGAACGAAGAAGAGCGGAGGAACACGCGCGGCAACAGCGGCUCGCUGAGGAACAGAAGCGAGCUGAUGCGGUCCGCCGGAAGCAGAUCGAGGAGGCUGAGGCAAUGAAGAAAGAAGCGGCAAUAAUGGCGAAAGAAAUAGAAAAAAGGCAAAAAGAAUAUAUAGAAAAGCAGAAAAUCAAACAGAGACUGGAGUCUGACAAAUUUCAUACACCUCGGAAGACGCCGGGCACGCCUGGCCAUCAUCAUGAGCAAUACACAAUGGAGCCGGUCUACAUGGCAGACGGGUUCCAGUACCUCAACUCUGAUGAAGAGGCAGAACCUGCUGAACGACCUAUACCCAUGUGGUGCACAUCAAAGGUGCGGCGGCCCGCGCUGGCGAGGCAGGCGCAGCUGCCGCCGCCGCUGGUGGACCGGCUGUUCUCGGUGCGCUCGCACUCGCCCGACCUGCGGGACAUCUUCCCCGCCAUCGACCGCGCGCGCCUCAAGCGGACCUCCUCCGCCGUGUGGAGCACGCCGCCGCACAGACUGCCCGCCGUCAGCGAGUGAAGGUGACCACACU